AUGCCUCGCGAAGAAUACCAAGUCCCUACCGCCUCCACCGGCCAGCGCGGCGGCACCCGCGACGACCAUCAGGUCCGCCACGUCAUGGCCUACAUCUGCGGCGACUGCGGAGGCAGCGUCACCCUCGGCAAGGACGCUCUCGUCGCGUGCCCUCACUGCGCCGGUCGCAUUCUCUACAAGGAGCGAACCAAGCGCAUGGUUCAGUUCGAGGCCCGAUAG